AGCACUCGGGCUAGAGUGGAGAAAUUAGUUGACCCCAGAGAAAGUGUGUGUAAAGGUCGAGCACCAUGGAGGAACUCGCCCGGGAGAGCAUCAGUCUGCUGGCUCGGUCUGCGUCCCAUUCAGAUCCCCCGCGGCUGGGAUCCUUCGGCGCCGUGUUCAUCAUGCUCAAGUCUGCGCUCGGAGCUGGACUACUAAACUUCCCCUGGGCCUUCCAGAAGGCCGGGGGAGUGACUACUGCUGUUAGUGUGGAGCUGGUAUCUCUGGUGUUCCUUAUCAGCGGACUGGUCAUCCUUGGCUACGCCUCAUCCGUCAGCAGACAAAAAACCUACCAGGAUGUGGUGCGAGAAGUGUGUGGACGAGCAAUCGGUCAACUGUGUGAAGUCUGUUUCUGCUUCAACCUCUUCAUGAUAUGUGUCGCCUUUCUGGUGGUGGUGCAGGACCAGCUGGAGAAAUUGUGUAUUUCUUUGUAUGAGACGGUGACAGGGUCAGUUGAAGGGGAAAUUCCAUAUCACUGGUACACAGACCAGCGCUUCGCCCUCUUCGUCAUGUGUCUCGUUAUCAUCCUGCCGCUGUCCAUCCCGAAAGAAAUUGGCAUUCAGAAAUACACAAGUGUGCUGGGGACAUUGGCUGCGACCUAUUUGUGCGUGGCGUUGAUUGUUAAAUACUACCUGAUGGAAAAUCACACGGCCGUUCUAACACCACUGCACACUCAAGGUGUGGGUUCGUGGGCGUCCAUGUUCAGUGUUGUGCCGACCAUCUGCUUUGGUUUCCAGUGUCACGAGGCCUGUAUAGCAAUCUACAGCAGCAUGGAGAACCAGAAACUGACACAUUGGGUGGUCAUCUCUAUCAUCUCCAUGCUCUUCUGUUUACUCAUCUACACACUCACCGGAGUUUAUGGCUUCAUGACAUUUGGUCGAGAAGUCGCUUCUGAUAUCUUGAUGUCAUAUCCAGGGAAUGAUGUUGUCAUGAUCAUUUCCAGACUCCUUUUUGGAAUAUCAAUCAUUACAAUUUACCCAAUUAUUAUUCUUCUCGGAAGGUCAGUCAUCCUGAACCUGAUGGUGCGAAUCCAAAGGCGUCGUCUGGGAAUCGUCACAAGCUCAUUUGAGAGUCGCUGUCGAACGCUCCUCACUGUUAUCUGGAUCACAAUUACUCUUCUCAUCGCCAUGUUUGUCCCUGACAUGGGCGAGGUCAUCAGCGUCAUCGGAGGAAUCAGUGCCUUCUUCAUCUUUAUUUUUCCUGGUCUUUGCUUGGUGUUCAUCAUGCAAAAUGAACCUGUGAGUCCGAGAGUCAGAUUGGUUUUAACAGUUUGGGGAAUCAUAACCAUUGUUGUCGGAGCCUUCAUCUUUGGACAGAGUACGACUAUUGCUGUCAUGGAGCUUCUUGCCAAAUUUUGAUUGCCUCAUCUUGGUGCUCCAGUGUGACUCCUGGGCGAUUGGUGGGACUCCCUUUUGCACAAGCGAAUUCAUGUAAUUUUUAAAAAUUAUUAUUAUUAUUAUUAUAAACGCAUGUGUGUGAUUUAG